AUGGAUCAGUUUGUCAACAAAAUUCGUUUUUGGGAUUCAAAGGAAUCGGCAACCUUUUCAUCGCGACAUCAGAGUACUACUGCUAUUACUACUACUACUACUACUAAACAGACUAAUGUGUUUUGUACGGAUGAAACAAUAGAUUACAAAGCAUAUCACUUAUGUGCAUAUGAUCCUAUUUUAGGAGUUUUAAUUUGCGUGGGUAAUAAUGAACCAGUAGUUGUAUUAGCUUCGGGCCGUCGACGGGCGGUUUUACCAGUGCGUAAAGGUACUUGUUGGUUAAAUUGUCACAUCCUUGCUGGAACUUCAAGUUUUCUAUUACUUUCCCCUGAUUGUUUACUGCUUCUUGAUUAUACACAGCGUAAUCCGACUUGUGCACUCUUUCCUCGUGGGAAAAGUGAGACUUUCUUUACAUGUUUGCAUGUUCCCCAAGGUGUAACAUGGGGAGCCGUUGGUUGUCGUAAUGGUACUGUGGCGUAUUGGAAGUUAAAACAGGAAGAGAACAAUAAGGUGAGUCUCGUUUGGACAGCAUUAACAAGUAAUGUUUCUGAGUUUUGUCGUCCUUUUCUUCCUACAACAAAUCCUACGAAAGAUGGUUAUAUUUAUGCAAUGGACUCUUAUGCGACGAGUCCAAAUAUGUUUAUAGCAGUAAUUUCCGGAGUUUCUGGGGUUUGUAAAUGGGAUAUAGAGGAGAAUAGUCUCUAUACCCUUUUUACUACAUCAGGUAAUACCAUAGGAUCUGCUCUCACUACUUGUAAAGUGACACCAGGAGGAACCUAUGUCGUUGCUACGACAAGGGAUGUUUCCGUUGUUUUAAUAUGGUCAAAUAGUGGAAAAAAGAAAAAAGAUAAAUCCGUGGAACUUACUUGGGUUUUGGAGACUGGGUGUCGUUUAUCAACAAAUUUUGUAAACCUGAAUGAGGAAAAUGAGAUUGAUGAUACUAUAGCUCCUUCAUGUGGUAUAUAUAUUGCACGUAGUACAGGAUCUUCAACGCAUGUACAAUCUGAUAAAAAAUGUCAAAUGUAUUUGUUGUUGUAUUCUGCGAAAGAUUUAGUAGAAAUUGUGGUAGAUAUGGAGGAGAAACAGCUUAUUCAACGAGAAGACAUAUUAGCAAAUGUAGCAGCAUUACAGUUAGAAUCCACUUUAUCACCUGAUAGUAAGGAUAUGAUUACAUUACAACACAUAAUUCCGUGUACGUGUUCUAAAUACUGGUUAGGGAUGUGUUCUGAGACAGAAUUAAAUAUACUUAUUCUAAUGAUUCAAGAUUCUGGACCUUUAUUAGUUGAACGAUCUCGUGCAAAGCGAGCUGUGAAAUGUAUCACAGAAAUGCUAGAUAUCCCACGUUCUUCUUCCUCCUCAGAUAAUGAAAUGUUUAUCGUAAAACCACCUAUAGAAACGAUGUAUACUAUUUCUCCUUUUAUGGGAAAAGUUCGAGAGGAAACUAACCCGUGGAAUAUUAUCUUUACUGGAAUGAAAAGGGUAAAUGCCUCUGAAUUUACAAAAGAAGAAGAUAGUGCAAUUAUUGGAAUAAUUUCCAAUGGAUUUAGUGGAGGUAUUUGUUUACUUCCCUCAUCUAAUGAGUGCUUACCUAUACCUCAGGAAUUGAUAAAGCAAGAUAUCAUAUGUUCAGGUUGUGAGUAUGUUGAGGGUGAUGGAUCGCUAAUAAUACUUGAACGAGCUUUUCCAGAACCUCCAGAAACAACAAAAGUAAUUUUGCGUGCUGUAGCAAAAGAGGAUAUGGUUACUCUAUUCAUUAUGCAUCUUUCACCUCCAAAAGUGGAGUCUUUUCUUUUAUUUUCGAAAGAAAUGCUUGCGUCAAUUGCAUCUCUUACAACUGGAGGAGAAUAUGGUGCUGUAGCACGAAAAGCAAUUUUAGUUGAAUGUCAUCUAGAGUCUCUUGAUACUACAUGUUCAGAAUUCAACAUUAUGCAUGGUGGAUGGAGUAUUCUUCUUCAGUUAUGUGAUGGUUCCUUGAUUCUCAUAGAUCUAAGAAGCGUUGGAGAUGUUGAAAAGGGUCAUUUACCCCAUAUGGUACAUUAUCCUUCUGGUUUAUUCCCUGCAGGAACUAGUGUCACAUCAUUUCAUACAACUUGGUUAGAUUGGGAUGAUGUUCCAGAACGAAGCAAAAGUAGGAUAGAUGGAGAAAGCUCUUUAGUGUUAUUUUGUGUCUUGUCAGGUCAGAAGGGUCUGUUAGUAUGGGAUAUGUCUCGAAUGCGACUUUUAACCUAUUUUCAAAAUACAGAACGAGAAGAUUGGCGUUAUAAUAGUCUUUUGACACACUCAAAAAAAGUUUCUUUUUAUGAAUCUAAUUGGGGCAAGAAGCUUUUGAUAUCCAUUUCUCUUAAGAUUGAUUCCACUACUGGCGGAAGUAAUACAAAUGAAGGGUGUAUCUUUUUACGCGAUUUCCUUGGUCGACUCCUAAUUUCCUUUUCAGUGGGAUACGGUUUGGAUGGGAAUAAUGUUUGGUACCUUAAAAGAGAUAAUAUUGAGAAUGAUUGUCAUCCAAUAUCAUCUGCAGAUGCGCAAUCCAUUAAAUUAUGUAUCAAUAUAGUGGAUAAUCAAGUUGUGGUAGAUACAGGAAUAGAGCUUUCUCUUGGUGAAACUUUAUUCCCUUGUAGUCAUAUAGCUAUGGUAGAGACAAGUUUUUCCUGGACCUUUGCAAAUCUUGUAUGGGAGUUUCUUGAAGAAAAGCAAGAAGGAGUAGCAGAAUCAGAAAAAGAAGAAAAUUCCAAAUUAUCAAGAGAUGUUUCAAGUGAUCAGAGGGAAGAGGGAAGUGUAUUACUCUGUGGUGAUAGAAAAAUUAAUAUGUUUCGCGCUACACAACUGGCAACAAGUGGGGGAGAAAAAAAAUCUUUGGCAAUAUACCAGAUCCCGUCAGGAUGUGUCUUGGAACAUGCCGUGGUUUGCAAAUCAUUACGUGCUAUUCUUCUCUUAAGUCGGGAUGCUAAUAAAUGGCGAUGGUUUAGUCUAUUUGAUUUAAAUUCUGCUGAUGAGUUGAUGAAGCCAUUUGUAAUGACACAUUUUGUUCACGAGGAAGGUGAUUUGCGCAUUUACCCAGUUUCCAUCAAAGGAGACGGUGUUCACGUAUAUAUUUUGGGUCGAGGUGGAACGCUUGGACACCUUUUACUUUCAAGAGAGGCGUCUGAGGAAGUAGCCCGUUUUAACCAGGGACACGGAUAUUUUACCAAUUCAUGCUACAUACCUGCCCCGGCAGGAUUUCGGGCGUAUGCGCGUUUUUUGCCGUCACCACCAACAAUGAAGCAGGAACAUGGAUUUUUAAAACGGCUGAUGACGCUUCCAUGGGAAGAUGUUGUGUUGAAAAUCGAGUGUGAAGUUUUGUGUAGCGAACGAUCGGAGUCUUUUGACGAGUUUCAAGAACGUAUCACGAGACCCUUGGAAAAGACCCCACCAACGGCACCAAAACAACCAGACCCCGAGCAAGAGCGAAAAGAAUUGUUGCAAGGAAGUCGGUAUUCAGAGCUAAAAUCUAUAGCCGCUCGUGAAAACGUCACCCUCAGCGAGGCGAGGCGAAUUAUGAGUGAAAACAGAAACCGUCUCGAAGAACGCGGGGAACGAAUCGCCCAGAUUGAAAACCGGUCGCGCGAACUCGCGGAGCAGGCCGCUACUUUUGAAGAGCUGGCAAGGAAGUUAAAGGAGAAACAGCGGAACCGUUGGUUUUAA